AUGUCCUCUGCUUCGUCCCUCUGGCAUGCAGACUCGUCUGCUGCUCGUCACUCCAGCGUUGCAGUGUUCAACGAGUUCUUGCGCUCCACGCGCUCAGCUCUGACGCAAUCGCCCACCUCGGUGCACAUUUACAUGGGUAACGAGGCCGCGGACGCCGACUCCAUCGUCAGUUCCCUGAGCUACGCCUUCUUGCACUAUCAGCAACAUCAUGAGACGUUGCAUGUACCCGUAUUGCCGAUCCCCAGGAAGGAAUUGGUGCUGCGUUGCGACGUCACUGCGCUGUUCCAGGAGCUGGGCGUGGACACUGACGCUCUUGUGUUUGUGGAUGAGUUCCCAUGGGCGAUUACUUGUAAGAGCAAAGUGAAAGUCACGCUUAUGGACCACAAUGCACUCAGUAAUAAGAAGAUCCCGCAUGUUGCCGGGCUCCAGGUGGUGGAGAUUGUGGACCACCACUCGGAUCUGGGUCGCCAUUUAGACGCCGAGAAGAGAGAAGUGGCUUUUGCCGAUGGCAACGCACUCGUGGCAUCAACGUGUACUCUCGUAGCCGAGAGGUUGAAGGCGUCAGAGGCAAAUGAUGCGCUUAAUCUCCUGUCCACGAUGUUAUUGGGCGUAAUUGCACUAGAUAGUAUCAACUUCGACCCGAAUGCGAAAAAGGUGACGCCGAGAGACGUCAAGGCGGCAGAGAAACUGGAAGAAACGGCGUUUGCAGAGAAAGAAGUUCUGUUUAAAUGGCUCCAGGCAGAGAAGUUUAAUCCUGCGCACUGGGGAAAAUUUACGCUCGAGAAUUGUCUUCAAGUGGACUACAAGGAGUUUACGUUCGAGACGGCAACAGGUGUCGCUAAGAAAGUCGGUAUCAGUGCCGUGUUGAUUGACUUGGAGGCUUUUGUGCGCAAGACUAAGGAAGCUGCUGCCUUGAUUAAAGGCUUGUCUGCGUACUGUAAGCAGAACGAGCUAUCGUUCCUGGUAGUGAUGACUGUGUUCAUGACGCCAGACGAACAACGCCACCGUCAGCUGCUCUUCUUCCAGGAAGCCGAAGACGAAGCUAAGCAAUGCGUUGAUUUUAUUAAGAGCGAAGGUUCACUGCAAGUGGAGGUAUUGCUGCUGCCGGAAUCGCAUCGCGAUGACCACGUCGCUGCGUUCAAUCAACUCAACACGGGCGCCUCCAGAAAGCAAGUCGCACCUUUGAUCCAGCGUGCACUUGCUGAGCCUGCUGUUAAGCUGUAG